CACUUUUUAAUUAAAAAAUGAAAGAUUUACGGAUAAAGUUCAUUAAAUCUACAAAAUCUGAGCAGAAUAGCAAGCGAGCAGAUUGGAAACAAGAAGUUAUCCGAUUUAAAGUGAUUGAACAACCACAAAACUUAACUUCAGAAAUCUUGACUUUCAUCAAGGAAUUCACGGAAUGUGCCUUUGUGGAAAAGCAGCUACAAUUGAUAAAAACCGCCUAUAAACCAGAAUUAAAUGACAACACGAAGAAAUCUUUUUUGGAAGUGUUUUGUAAAAUUUAUUUUUUGACACCGUGGAAGCAUCCAGUGAAGAAUUGUUUGCAAAAAAUUAUUGACAAUGAGAAUUCUUUCGUGGAUGACAUAAAGAAAUUCAUACAAUCGGAAAUUUUAUACGCUAUCAAGCCCUGUCAGUAUGUCAUUUCUAUUUCCAAUUCGGAGCUUCGUGAAAUCAUCGGAAAUGUCGGUGCAUUAUUAGAAAACUUCAAAAGUGGAAUAAUGGCUUUCCAAGAAUCCCUUGAGCCAAUUCUUCAAGCUUUUGCUUACACUCUUCGUUGGUAUUUGCGUGAAUUACGACAAAAUAAUGUCUCACCAGCUACAAAAAAUGAGCUUUGCAGUUCCGUUCAUAACUUGAUCAAAAUUGUAAUUCAUGCGGUAACGUUAUUUGGGAAAACAAUGAACUACGAUGGAUUUAUUCAAGAAGUGAUGAGUAAUUUAAAAUACGUUUUAAAUCCGUUUCCGGAAGUUGAGAUUCCGAUAGAUACGAAAGCCAAUGCUGGAAUUCUUGCGGCUCACUUUUACAGAGGCAUCAAAGAAGAUCCCUUUCGGGAAAAGAUAAAAGGAAAUGUAACCAUUCCUAACUUGUGUAUCGUUUUUGGGGUAAUAACGCAACUGAGUGAGGAAUAUUUGACGGAUUAUCCACAUGCAUUGGAGAAAAUAUUGGAAUUUUUGCAUCCAGCUAUGAUUUCCAGCACACACGAUUCAUCAAUGGCUCUUUUUAUCGCACGUGCGGUGUCUCAGUUGAGCAAACGACUUGAAAUGUUACAGAAAACGGAGCAAACAGAGAAAAUGGCGAAUAUUUGUUUAGAUUAUGCGAUUCUCUCGCUUGAUCACGACUUGGAUGCCGUUAAAAAUACUGCGAAGGAAGUUAUUCAAAGUCUUGUUUCCAUUGGCCUUAAAACGUUGCCAACUAUUCUAACAACAAUAUUUACCAUCAUAAAGGCCGAUUCAACGGACAAACGUCAUAAAAGUGUCAUCAUUUCGUGCGUUUGCGAAAUCGCAGGAGCAAAAUUCGUAUCGAAAGAAAUUCCGGAUGUGCAAAAAUUUUUGCUUGAAGCCUUGGAAGAUGCCAAAAGUUUCAAUACAAAUUCCGAGACAGUUUUAUGUUAUGAGAAAUUGAUGACAAGUCGUUUGAAUAACGGAGUCGAUACGAAAAUUUUCUUCCAAGAGUUUAUUCGAAUAAUUUUAGAUAAAAUAGCGGGCACAAAACCGGAUGCUGUGGAGUUGAGAAAGAGUUUAUUGAAGCUCUUGCAUCGAUCAAUUAAAAAAUGUCCCGGAAUAUUGGAGUUGUUAUUAGCAGAGAAACUUCCCAUUGACAUAAGUUUAUCAUGUUUGGGAGCAGCAAAGAAAUCGGGAGUGUUGAAUGAAAAAAUUUCGACACAAACGGAUUGGAAAUCAAUCAUUCCUUUCAAAGUUAUUAAAGAAGCCAUGGUUGUAAACGACGAACAAGUACGGAUGGCAGCGUUGGAAUUGAUUGUUGAAGUUCAUCGAUUAACGGAAAUUUUCUCACAGGAGGAGUUUGAAUGUAUUUUGUAUUUCUUGAAGCACAAUAUCAAUACGGAAAUUCCAGCAAUCCGAUCACAAAUUAUUGGUCAUAUGCGAAAUUGCUUGUUCCGCAUCGAGAACGGACUAAAUUUUUUCAAUCGUAAUCCGGAAGAUGUCAGAGGAAAACUUUACAAAGAUUUUAUUAAUAAUCUUGCUACAUUUUGUUUUUCGAAUUUCUUCGUGGGAGCGAAUUUUGGACGAAGGACCGUUAGUUUGAAGAUUUUGUUGCAAAUGAAUGAGAAUUUGAAAAGCUUUCCGAGUUUAGUGCAUGAAAUGUGGAGCAUCGAGCGAUUUGACGUGAUUUUAAGUCUUUGUAACGAUACCUACGAAAGCAACAAGAGCGAUGCGGUGUCAUUAUUAAAAAGUUGCCCAAAAGAAUUCAUGCAUAAUCGAGAUGUAAAUGUAGAAACAGUGCAACAGAUGAUCCAAAGUUGCAAACCAAUGACAUCGUUAACAGGUGCUUAUUACUUGGAGUUUCUCGUUUUUGUGCAUAUCGAUGAUGAGAAUAGGAAAAAAAUUAAUUUUGUGGACAAAAAUGAAAGUUAUUCGGUUCUGAGUGCCGUUUUGUGGCUAGAAAAGCUUUUGAUCAAGAGUUUUGAUGUCGCAACAAAAUCUUUAAUUAAUGCUGCUUCACAAUGUCCAAUGUAUGGAGAACUUUUUGCUAUAAGACAUUUGUUGUCCAGAAUUGAGUUGACAAGAGGAGAUCCGAGCAAUGAAGAAUGGAAAUUAUUUCUCACGAGAUUCAUUCCAUUUUGUAACAAAUUAACAGAAGUGGCUGCGCCAAUCGUUAACAAUUCAUCACCAGAAGGUCAUUUGCCAAAUGAUUUUUCAUCGAUGAAGGCCUAUGCGAAUCCCAAUGACGAACAAAUGUUGGAUAAAGUGACUCCUCAAAUGGUUUUAUUGUGUGCUUGGAGAACUGUUAAAGAAGUUUCGUUGCUGCUAGGCGAUUUGAGCUUUAAAGCUCCAUUGAGUGUUGAAAAAGAUGAUACAGGUUACAUUACCGUUGAACAAAUCCUUGCAAUCGGGACUCAUUUUACGACUUUACUAUCAGAGACGAAACAUCGCGGUGCCUUUGAACAAGCGUAUGUCGGAUUCACUCGUUUGUCGUUGCGAUUGUGGUCAUGCAAUGCUCUGGAGCUUCAUUCGUUGCCAAUGCGCUGGUUGCAAAGCCUUAUCAAAAUAAUUGCUGGUGAAGCAAUCUCCACAAAUGGACUCGAUAUGAGUGUCGAAAAGCUCUGUGCGACGAGACGCAGUGCUGGCGUGCCAUUUUUGAUGCAAGCUCUUGUCACGGCCGAAUUGCAAGUCGGAAAAUCCAGCGCCUUAAAGUUUUGCAUGGAAAAUCUUUUGUUCAUCGCUAAACAAGGAAAUGUACCAGAAUCUCGUACACAUGCCUUGAAUAUUUUACGUGCCUUAUACCGAUGUUCCGAGCUUGCACAAGCAGUGGGCCAAUAUGUCUCCGAAGGUUUCGUGGUGGCAAUUCAAGGUUACGACGCCGAUUCGUGGGCUGAGCGCAAUUCCGCUACAUUGCUAUUUUCCGCUCUCAUGUUGCGUGUUUUUGGUGUUCAACGACACAAAGAUUCAGAUGUCAUCAAUAUUAGAAACAAAAUGACCGGGCGCACGUUUUUCCAACGUUAUCCGGAAUUAUACGACUUUUUCUACGAAAUUCUCAUUGAAAGUCGUAAAAUAUCGCAGGCUGGAAAACGUUGUCGAAAACUCCAUUCACUACUUUUACUAAUGGGAAGACUUUAUCCGUCAUCGUGGGAAGAAAUUGAUUCAAAUUUGUCAUUGACGGCAUUUAUUCCACUUAUUUCGGGAUGUACAGCAAAUGCAGAGCUGAAAACUCGCCAAUUAGCAGCUAAAAUUAUUCCGAUAAUCAUACCACCGAAUCAAGUGUUGACACGAAUCUCGGAGCUGGUGGCUGUUGUCUGUAGUGAGAACGAUUCAAAAACUUCUGUGAACAGUUAUCAUGGAGUACUUUUGCAAAUUUUCUAUCUCGUACGAAGUCUGAGCCAAAAAUCAUCAAAAGAUGAAGAAAUCUUGACUAAAAUAUGGAUGAAAAUUCAUAAUUACUUACCUCAAAAUAGCUAUCGACAUAUCCCUUUAAUAGUUGGGACUUUUAUUGAUAUUUUGUUAGAAAUUUAUUUAAUAAAUCCACAUCUGACUCUAAAUCGAGAGGACCUAAAAUCUGUCAUAGAAGCCAUUGUAAAGACAAAAGACACGCAACCCAGCUUAGGAUUUGAUAUAAUGAUGCGAAAAUACGGAAUUUAUCACUUUUUAUCGUCUAUCGAUGUUGAUGCUGAAAAAAUGGAAAAUUUCUUUUCAAACCUCUUGAACCUAAAUUUCGGCUACGAUUUUCAAGAAUCUAUAUUGAAUUUACUACUACUUAUUACAAACAAUGUGGAUCAACAAGAUUUGGAAAUUCCUGAUCUAGAAGUUGCCAUUUCCAGUAAAUUAAUUGAAAAAUGGAACAAUAAAACGAAAGCUUUUUUGAGUGCAAUCCAAGUAUCAAACGCAUUUGGAGACUAUUUGAUCGAUGUCAUUAACCAAAAUUUUUAUCAUCAGUGCACUUUUAAGGCUUAUCUCUUGAUUGGACAAUCAGAAAAAUAUCUGCAAAAAUUCAUGACAAACAAAAAAUUGUCUGACUACAAGUCGCUGAUUAAAUUAGCAGAUGAGCAUUGCGGAAACAGUCGUGAAGCAUUAUUUGCAUGUAUAGAAAAAUGGCUUUGCAAUUCCUUGCCAGAGAGUGUUGAUUUGGAAUUUUUGACAGAAAUAGUUACUCCUGACAACAGCGACAACAUGAAAAUGAUUGGAAUCCGAAUUUUAAGAGAAUGCUUCGUAAAGACAAAACUUUGUGAGAAAAAGAAUGAUACUGCAUUUAUUUCAUAUUUCUUCUGGUCGCUUUUUGUGCUUUUAAGGGAUGAUGAAGCCGAUAUAAGAUACGAGACCGCAAGUUUAGCCAUGGACAUUUCAAAUGCGGUGACAGGAGAGCAAGAUAAUCAAAAUGUUAUUGCAUCGAUAGCUAUGGAAAAGCUAUUUUAUGUGCUUAAUUUCCUACUGGAAACGAAUUUUGACAAACAAGAAAAAAUAAGAGUUUAUGAAGAGAUUCUUCGAUUAGACAAGCUAUAUUUGGAAGUAGAUAACGAAACAAACGCCGUAAUUGAUGAUGCUAAUCGUUGUUUUGAUAAAAAUGAAACCAAUCUAUUUGGGGAAAAUAAAUUUGUGCAAGAUGAGUGUCACAGAUGGCUGUCCUUGCUAUGAAAUUCUACCUCAGGCUAAAAAUUUAGAGGAAUAAAAAAGAAAAUAUAUAUUUGUAUAUUAUUUUUAUUAAUUUAAUUAUUUUUCUUUUGUAAUGUAAGUUAAUAUAAUAAUCAAUAAUCAUUUAGAGACUAAAACUUUAUUCAAUUUCAAUUUAAUUAUUUUUUUUACCUACAAUAGUUUUUA